GGUUGAACAACUUGAUUUCCUCGAACCACCUUGUAUUUAUGUUUCGUAUCGCUGAAUAUUAAGCUGUGAGGCAAAUCGCAGAAAAGCUAAGAUGAAUAUGUCAUGAUAUGUGUAGUAUGAGUGAAAGGAAAGGAGCCAACACUAAGGAGUCUGAUGUCCAAGACAAACCGCAGUAUGCUCAAGGUCAAAAGGAUAUAGAAAACAGCCAGGGUAGAAUAUUGGUCUACCCAGCUGAGUUUGAUGCAGAAAACGAAGAGGAAUAUUUGAACUUUCAGCGUUGGUGCCAAGAGGAUGGAACGGAUAUGCCAUCGUGGCCGCCCGAAGAGGAAAGCCCCGAAAAAGAGGAAAAAAAGAGCCGAAGAGGACCCGAAAGCGACGAUGAAAGCGACGAAGAUAGUGACGACGAAAGCGAUGACUGGUAUCAAGAAUAUCCAGAACAGUAUCAAGUCACCAGCGAUCCAAUGCCUGCUGAAGCAACCAUGAGUCGUCCCAUCGCCUACCUGCGAUUUAGAGACAGAGCCGAGCUGUCUCAAGGUAUGAUGAAAGCUAUGUCGUCGGCCAAAAAAUCUACAAAAUUAAGUCCCUUACAGGAAGCAGCUUUGAAGAACAUCAAAGAAAACAGAAAAUUGCCUCGUAUUGCGUUGUCGCUUGAGAGAACUAGCUUUCUGGUUCGUGUUUCAGUUCUACGGUCAUCUGUGCCUGUUUACCGCGACAUUAAAGUCCCAUCAAAUAUGAAUCUGCGCAUGUUCCAAACCCGCGUUCUGUGUCCUGUCUUCGACUGGGAUCCAAAGGUACUGCCUUUAAAAUACAUGUACUACCUCCCGCACACGUGCUAUCCCUCUGGGCGCCGACCCUUGUCAAACUUCAAAGACAUUGUGUUCACAACACCCUAUCAAGACGAUUACACUGGGAUGAUGAUGACAUUCAAUGACGAAGCCACCAAUGCGGAAAUCAUUGACGAUGGGGAUGUUUGUCUCGUAGACUUUUUGCAGGAGGUCGGCCACACUCUAUACUACCAGCAUAACCUUACAAUACCCUUAACGUUACAGCUCAAACUUUUGCAAAUUGGCCAGGAAGAUACUGUGGAGCUUAUCGGAGGGACGGGCAUCAGUCCACCUGAGAGUCAUUUGGUAACGGAUGGCCCAUUUGAACAAGAGAUAUAUGGAAUUGAUGCUUUCAACCUUGCUAUCAAAUGGCUACAAUCUGUCUCUAUCCACGAGAACUACAAGGAGGAAGGCAUGCGAUUGUUGCAGAUUAACAGGUCACAGACAUUUGACCCGACAAACUUUGAUCUGCCUGGUGCGCGGGAAAGACUUAAUCAAUUAAUCAAUUAGUCAAUUCGUCAUUCUACUGCAAGGACCCAUGUACCAAUCACGACAGGGCAAUCAAUGGCCAUGAUUAUUUCAAAUGACCCAAGAGUCAUUAGGAAUCUCCCAAGAGUAAACUUUUUGGGAAUGUGUAAAACGUGCCGUAAAGAGAACGUCAAAUUGCUGACAUGCGGACGUUGUAAAAGCGUGCAUUACUGCUCAAAAGACUGCCAGAAAAAGGACUGGAAGUCUCAUAAAGCAGUGUGUGCCGUCGCUUACCAUAAAUAACCUAUAGCACUAAGAAUAGGGAUGAUUAAGGGUCUGGGUCUUUCUGGAGGUACCGUCGUCACAAAAGAACCGAAGGAACCAAACACUGAUAGACUUCUCCUGGGAACUUCAUUGUUUGGUUGUAUUGUUUCUUUUGUUGUACGUAAUCUGUGCCUCUGUACCCACAAAAGGAACCAAGGGCCUGUGCGUUUUCGAUUGAUCGUAUUUCGAAAUAAGUAAAUGUGGAAGAAACGUUCUAGAAAUCACUUGCUUUUAUAUAGUAUUCUUUGUAUUGCAGCACCUACAAAUCUGCUUGAAAUGAAAUAUUUCGAUGUAUGUAGAGUUUAAAUGGUCCAAAAAUCACGCAAGAAGAAAUUUGUAAAUAAAGCAUUGCGUAUUCUUUCUUCUGAAAUAUGCUCAAUCGAAAGCACCCUAAAUACUCACCGAUGUAAUUAACAGCACUCUGACUGAAACCGCAAGGCACUUCAGUUAGGAAACUUGACUAGGUUGCUUUGGAACCCUAAUAUAACUCGUAGAGAUAGAAAAGUUUAACUUAGAUUGAACAGCGUAAAACGAAAGGGGCCGUUUCGACCGUCGUCCCCGUACAUAGUAACUUCUGACUAGUGCCGUUUCUCAUAAGCUUUGGUGUACCCUUCCUCCAUUUACAAACAACUUUGUCAAUGAAACAAGAAACAACUUGUCUUUCAUUAAUUAAAAUUUUGAAGAUUAUUUACUUUGGAACAUGACCUAUUGAAAAAACAAUUUCAGAGGUUAAAUUUUAUAGUAAAAUGAAACUAAAAAUUGUAAUCACAUGUAACAUUUAUAACAAACUUCAAUAGUUUUGGUAGAGAAAAGGAACCUAAAGAAAAGGUUCAUCUCGGUCUGUUUAGUUGUGUAAAAAUGGUGCAAGAAUACAAAACAGAGAUGUAUCUUGAAGAAACAAAUUUAAUCAGCCCUUAAUCAAUGUCUUCAAGUUUAAUGCAAUAAAGUGCAUUUAGAAGUAGAAAAAUUGGUAGAACUUGUAUAUUAGAUAUUGCUCAGAUUGAAUUGACAAUGGCGGUAGCUUAAAUUUACAAAAUACGUACAAUAAAUAUAACAUUUUCUCUCUUUAA